UCUCUCUCUCUCUCUCUCUCUCUCUCUCCCGCACACACACACACACACACACACACACGCGCGCGCACACGCUCAGGGAGGCAGGGAGCCCGAAGACAUAACAAAGACGACCGGCUUUAGCUGCACUGACACACUCUUAAAAUACAGCAGAGGGAGGAUUCCUUGUGAGCUGAAAAACGCCGAAACAGGAGACAGGGAGACGUCGCGGUGAUCCAGCUGAACACUCGAGUGCUGCUCUGUGUCUGCAAUUCUAGAGUCUGUCCAUAAAUCUACGAUGAUGUCUUUUGGGAGAGACCUGGAGUUUGAACACUUUGACGAGCGUGACAAAGCGCAAAGGUACAAUCGCGGCGGCUCCCGUGCCAAUGGCUUGCCCAGCCCAACUCACAGCGCCCACUGCAGCCUCUACCGGACCCGCACCCUGCAGGCGCUCAGCUCCGAGAAGAAAGCUAAGAAGGUGCGCUUCUACCGCAAUGGGGACCGCUACUUUAAAGGAAUCGUAUACGCCAUUUCUCCGGAUCGUUUUCGAUCGUUUGAGGCUUUGCUGGCGGAUCUCACCCGGUCACUGUCAGACAACGUGAAUCUACCGCAGGGAGUGAGGACCAUCUACGCUUUGGAUGGCAUCAGGAAAAUCACGACCCUGGACCAGCUGAUUGAAGGUGAAAGUUAUAUUUGUGGAUCAAUCGAACCUUUCAAGAAAUUGGACUACACAAAGAAUGUAAACCCCAACUGGUCAGUGAAUGUGAAGACGUCCGCAUCUGGUCGCACUCCCACCUCUUUGAACAGCUCCAAAGCUGCCCCAACAGAGGCUAAAGAGAGCAAGGAUUUCAUUCGGCCCAAACUGGUCACCAUCAUCCGCAGUGGGGUGAAGCCACGCAAAGCUGUUCGGAUUCUCCUCAACAAGAAGACUGCUCACUCCUUUGAUCAGGUUCUCACAGACAUCACUGAUGCAAUCAAGCUGGACUCUGGGGUUGUGAAACGGCUUUACACACUGGAUGGAAAGCAGGUGAUGUGCCUUCAGGAUUUCUUUGGAGAUGACGACAUAUUCAUUGCAUGUGGCCCAGAGAAAUUCCGCUACCAAGAUGAUUUUCUCCUUGAUGAAAGUGAAUGUAGAGUAGUGAAGUCCACUUCGUACAACAAAAUUGCAACUGUCCCAGGUAGAAGUACUGCAAAGAGCCCUGGCCCUUCAAGGCGUAGUAAGUCUCCAGCAUCAACAAGUUCAGUCAAUGGGACUCCUGGAAGCCAGCUGUCCACUCCUCGAUCUGGGAAGUCUCCUAGUCCAUCACCGACCAGCCCUGGAAGUCUUCGCAAACAGAGGAGCUCCCACCACAGUGGGUCUUCAAUAUCUUUAGCAUCAACAAAAGUCUGUAGUUCAAUGGAUGAAAAUGAUGGUCCAGGAAAUGACGAUUUGGUGGAUGAAUGUCCUCAAGUCCCAGCUUCCAUAGCAGAGAGAUAUAAAGUUGGGAGAACAAUAGGAGAUGGCAAUUUUGCUGUAGUACGAGAAUGUGUUGAGAGGUCCACUGGCAGAGAGUACGCAUUAAAAAUCAUUAACAAAAGUAAAUGCCGAGGCAAAGAGCAUAUGAUUCAGAAUGAAGUAUCUAUUCUUAGAAGGGUGAAACAUCCAAAUAUUGUGUUGUUAAUUGAAGAGAUGGACACGUAUAAUGAGCUCUACCUGGUCAUGGAGCUUGUUAAGGGAGGAGAUCUGUUUGAUGCCAUUACCUCUACAAACAAAUACACAGAACGGGAUGCCAGUGGCAUGCUUUACAAUCUGGCCAGUGCUAUCAAGUACCUGCACAGCCUUAAUAUAGUCCACAGAGACAUUAAACCUGAAAAUUUACUGGUUUAUGAACACCAAGAUGGUAGCAAAUCUCUAAAGCUUGGUGACUUUGGCCUGGCCACCUUAGUGGAUGGACCUCUUUAUACUGUUUGUGGAACACCAACAUAUGUAGCACCAGAGAUAAUUGCAGAAACCGGAUACGGCCUAAAAGUAGACAUCUGGGCAGCUGGAGUCAUUACUUACAUCCUGCUCUGUGGCUUCCCCCCUUUCAGAGGGAGCAGUGAUGACCAGGAAGUCCUGUUUGACCAAAUUUUAAUGGGGCAGCUAGAUUUUCCAUCACCAUACUGGGAUAAUAUUUCAGAUUCUGCAAAGGAACUGAUUACCAUGAUGUUACAAGUGGAAGUAGACCAGAGGUUCUCUGCUUUGCAGGUUUUGGAACAUCCAUGGGUUAACGAUGACGGAAUGCCAGAGAACGAACAUCAACUUUCUGUAGCUGGAAAAAUCAAGAAACAUUUCAAUACAGGACCUAAACCAAACAGUACAACAGCAGGGGUCUCUGUCAUAACAACCACCGCUCUUGAUAAGGAGAGGCAGGUUUUCCGACGAAGACGCCACCAGGAUGUAAAGGAAGCUUAUGGAGCCCAGCAUUCAAGCACCUUUCCCACCACAGCUGAACUGAAUUCAGAAUCGGAGGACUAUUCACCCAGCUCUUCAGAGACUGUUCGCUCACCUAAUUCACCUUUCUAAUGCUGCCAUUUGCUAAACAGACUUAGUUGCCUGACCCUUUGAGCACUUGAUAGUCAGUUUUAUUUUUGUUUUUUUAUUUUAAUUACCAAAGCUGUAUGUUUGAAUGAGUGGCAUUUGUUUCAGAUUGAAUAAGGUACUUUUUUUGUAAGCACCGAGAAAUGUAGGUCCAGUAAACAAAUGUUACUUUCAUUUAUGAGAUUUUUAUGAUAGAGUGUUUGAAGUUUUGAACAUUUUAUAAGCACUGAUGUACUUUACUGGGCAGAUCCAACAAGUAAUAAAGUUCAAAAUCAUGUCAA